AUGGAAAUAGAUUGAUUAGUACACAUGAACAGAUUGAAUCUUUUGACGAAAGACGCAAUUUCUGGAAUUCAAGUUUCACGUUCUUUUCUUCUAUUUUUCGUGUCAGUAAAAGCUUGGUCUCACUGCAAAAGGGAAAAAAAAAAGAGAGAUACAGACACAGUAUAAAAAUACAACCUUUUUCCAUUUUCACCGGUCCCAACAAUACCCAGUUUCCGUUUUCUUCAUUCUCUUACAUCCGUUAUUUUGCUUCUUUCAGUCGCCAUCUUAAGGUUCUUUUCAUUUUAUGUUAUAUUCCGAUGUGAUUUUUUUCCCCUGAAGAAAUUUCAAUCGUUGGUAACGCAUGGACAUUGAAAGUGAAAGAAGUAUGUUUUUUUGUCUGCUUCUAUCUGGGGUCUGAGCUGUUUUUCUCUCCACAUUCUCUUUAUUUGUCUUGAAUGUAUUCUCUCUAGUGGGAUUCAUGGGUUCUACCUCCGUAUUCAAAAAAAUCUUUCCUUUAUGGGUUUUUAUGAUCAUGUUAGGGUAAGAAGAGUCUGUCCGAACUUGUUUGAGACUUUCACCUUGUUGCUGAGUGGGUAUUUUUGUCCAUUUCAAAUCUGGGUUCCAUCUGUUUGUUGAAAAACCCCAAAGGGAAAAAGGUUUCGUAGUUGAAUUGAAUUGAAUUGAGGAAAAGAAUGAAGGAUUUUCCAUCCUGUUUUGGUGAGAAUGGGGUUCAAGUUGCGGAUUCUUCGUCUUCAAGCGCUAAUAAAAGUGCCCAGAACGUGGUUACUUGUGUUUAUCAAUGCAGGGUUGGCGGUAGUUCCUGUCUGAUUACUGUCACAUGGAGUAAGAAUUUGAUGGGGCAAGGUCUUGGUGUAGCGAUCGACGAUUCCUCAAGCCAGAGUCUUUGUAAGGUGGAUAUCAAACCGUGGGGAUUUUCCAAGAGGAAAGGAUGUAAGAGUCUAGAGUUUCAUUCUUGUGGAGUUGACGUGUAUUGGGAUCUUUCUUCGGCUAAAUUUGGUUCCAGCCCGGAACCUCUGGGGGGAUUCUAUGUUGCAGCUGUAGUGGAUGGACAGAUGGUUCUUCUUCUAGGGGAUUUGAAGAGAGAAGCUUUCAAGAAGACCAAUGCCAGCCCAUUACCCCACAAUGCAUUUUUGAUUGCCAAGAAAGAGCAUGUUUUUGGUAAGAAGUUGUAUGGUACCAAAGCUGUAUUUUGUGACAAUGGCCAAAUUCAUGACAUUGUGAUUGAGUGUGACACUGCAAGUGUUAGUGAUCCGAGCCUUGUAAUUCGCAUAGACAGCAAAACAGUGAUGCAAGUGAAGCGGUUGAGAUGGAAGUUCAGGGGGAAUCACACUAUUCUGGUAGAUGGCCUUGCUGUGGAAGUUUUCUGGGAUGUUCAUAAUUGGCUCUUUGGUACAUCCCUUGGAAAUGCUGUCUUUAUGUUCAGGACAAGCCUGUCCGCUUUGGACAAGUUGUUGGCUAGCCAACCGCCUUCUGAUUUGCCAUGGUCUUUCUCUGAUAGAUUUCCUGAGACCAAAUUGCAGGGUCCUGGUUUCUCGCUUAACUUGUAUGCUUGGAAGAGCCAAUAGAUAUGCAGAAAUCCAUCACAUAUAGAGUACUAACAGACCUCUCAGUGAUAUUUGGUUUAUCAACCGUGUGAUCGAAACAUUGUUGAGUAAAAAUGAGUGCUUUUGUUUCUCUCAUUCCCUUGUCAAAUUCAUAUCCUGUUUAGUUGAGCUGAGGUAUUUGAACAGAUCAGAAACUUUUUUUUUCCUCUGAAAUGGCUGUACAUUUGUCUUCAAUUGGCAACUUUAUGGUUCAUAUUACUAAGAAUACAAACUUUACAGUAUGUUUAUUCAA